UUUUUUUUAGUAUUGUUGUCAAAAACGUUGACAAUAGAAACUCAAAGGCUGUUAGAUAUUAAGAAGGGGUAUUGGAAGUUUAAGAAAACCCUCGUGUCUGAACAAAACCUUAACACGAAUAACGUAACAAAUAAAUAAAUAGAGGGAAAUCAUUUCCGCGUAAUAAUAAGGAAAAAAUGUGGCAUGAAUGAGCAUAAUUUGGAUUAAAGUGUGUGUUUGAGUGAGAGAGAGAGAGAAAGAGAGAAGGAGCAGAUAACAGCUGGAUCUUGAUUUAGUUGGAUAGUCUCUUCCUCCACCUCCUCCUCCUCUCUCAUGCAGCCUAUCGUCUUCCUGCCUUCAGACCGAUUUUAAUUUUCUCAAUAAAGUGGUCGCUUCGCUGGACGUCAGCAGAUCAGAUCUGAACCAGGACAGCGGCGUUAAUAAGCCAGAUAGCGCGCAUUGCGGUGAUUUGCAGGCUUCUCCAGAUUUACCUCCACGGAUGACCAGCUCGUGGGGAUAUGUACCAGGGCAUUAUGACUACCAACCACGGAUCCUCUUCCUAUGAGGCCGGGUUUCUCCACAACGCCUCGGCGGCCACCUCUCCGGUUUACGUGCCCACCACCCGGGUCGUCACUCCGAUGAUCCCCGCGCUGCAGUACCUCCAGACGCCCGGCGCUUCGCAGCAGGGCAACCCGGUUUCGAGCCACUCCGUCUGGGCACAACCGGGUGCAGACCCGGUGCCCUCCUACAACCACUCCCCGGUGUCUCCGCGCUUCUCCUUCUCCACCAGUCCGCCACUAUCGUCCGGUGUGGCCACGGCCAGGGAGGCGGUCUCUUACACCAGCCCGCUGAACAUCUCUGCCAACGGAAGGGAGCACUAUGGUCCGCGGGGCCUCGGCGGCUCGUACCCAAGUCCCUAUUCGGCCUACAUGAGCCCUAACGUCGGAGGAACGUGGCCGGCGUCCCCCUUUGACAGUCCGGUGCUGCACGGUCUGCAGACCGGCGCUUCUCCUGUCACGACGCGGCACCCAAACAUAGAUUUGUUUGAUGACUUUGCUGAGGGACGAGAAUGUGUGAACUGCGGUGCAAUGUCAACUCCCCUCUGGAGGCGCGAUGGCACCGGCCACUACCUGUGCAACGCAUGCGGCCUGUACCACAAGAUGAAUGGCAUCAACAGGCCGCUCAUUAAACCCCAAAGACGGCUGUCUGCCUCGAGGAGGGUGGGCCUGUCCUGCACAAACUGUCACACCACCACCACCACCCUGUGGCGACGAAAUGCAGAGGGAGAAUCCGUCUGCAACGCCUGUGGGCUCUACAUGAAACUCCACGGGGUCCCCCGUCCUCUUGCUAUGAAGAAAGAGGGGAUCCAGACCCGCAAACGCAAACCUAAGAACCUAAACAAGUCCCAAACAGGACCUCCAGGCACUGAGGGGGCUCCAGUGACUCCAACCAGCACUCCCCACUCCUCCUCCUCUUCCACUUCCUCCAUAACAUCCACCUCCAGCACUGCAGUGGAGCCUCGCCAGAUAAAGACAGAGCCAGAAAAUCACAACUUGUACACACACCAUGGCCCGCACACACAAAUUUCAGCCCUACCUGCCUACAUGGCAGCCCAGGGAGGCGCUAUUCCUCUGAAGAUGUCUCCAGGUGGACACGGUGGGUCCUCCAGCUCCAAAACAGAGCCUUGGAACAACCUAAUCAUGGCUUAGGAGACCUACAGCUCUGCAUCUCAAAAAACUACCUAUGUACAGCAUCCUAACAAAACUCUCCAGGAACUGCUAGCUGCACCGUUUUCUCCAAUCGGUGGCAUCAGUGUCAUGACUGCACACCAAGACACGAUGAGAAGACACCGACUUGGGACAAAGUACAAUUAAACUGGGAUUAUAAAGGAACAUUUUUCGAACUCAAGCCUUUUCCUACAAAACCAGUAUGGAAGCACAAACUGCCUAAAAGAUACUGAAAGAGUACAUGACACUUAUGAGAAACACGAGAGACUUAAGUGUAAGUAUUGCCUUCAUAGCUUUGGACAUUUUUCUCUGGUCGUUAUGGACAUCCAACACACAAAAACAGAUCAUAAGUGGACAACUUUGUGACAAAGGUUACACCACAGAGGUGCUACACCAAGUGUUAUCAGGGUCAGUUUACAGGAAAAUAGUGGAAGAAAAAUAUUUAAUUCCUGGCAAACUUUCAAAUUAUCUAUCUGGGAGAUUGUGCUAAUGAUAAAUUAGUAUGAUGUUGUAUUAGCAGCUGAAGAUGUGAAAGCAUUUAAGAUUUUAUAUCUUUGAAAAA